CAAAUAAAAUGAAUCGUUUCAAAUUCAGAUAGAUUUAGCCUAACGGCUUCUUAUUUGCAAACAAUGGAACUGAAUGCGUCCUCCAUAGUGAAAAUUGUGCGAGCACAAUGGUGCCACCUCAGCGCAAUAAUCGUUUCAGGCAUGGGUUUUUUCACAGGUGCUUACAACCUAUUCUGCAUCCCUGCUGUUUCCACCCUCCUGGGAAGACUCCACUACGAAGAAGCCAUGCCUCUUCUUAUAAACGCUGUUGUCAAUGGAAUUACUCUCUGCGGAUUAUUCAUAGGCCAUCUAUUCUUCGGCUGGCUUGGAGACAGAAUGGGACGCAGAAAGGUUUACGGAAUGACUCUGGGCAUAAUGAUUGCGAGUUCCAUCGGCUCGGGUCUUUCCAUCGGAAGAUCGAGGUCGGCUGUGAUAGCGAGUCUUUGUUUUUUCAGGUUUUGGCUGGGCGUGGGCAUCGGCGGGGACUAUCCAAAGUCUGCGACAAUCAUGGCGGAAUACGCCAAUACCAAGAACAGGGGAGCUUUUAUGGCCGCCGUUUUCUCCAUGCAAGCCAUCGGAAUUCUGACAGGGAGUAUCGUUGCGAUGACUGUUAGCGCAUGUUUUAAAGCAGCUUACCCAGAGCGAUCAUUUGGGCUGAAUGAUCUCGUGUGGAGGAUAAUCCUAAUGAUUGGAGCCGUCCCAGCAGGGUUCACAUUCUACUGGCGAAUGAAAAUGCCCGAGAGCGCCCACCUACCCACCAUUGUUGCCCAAAAUGCCAGAAAUGCGGCGGCCGACAUGUCCGAACUUGUUGGAUCAAGUAUGAUAGAAGAUGAAGCGAAUACGGGUAUAAUCUUGCGGCGGAGGGAGCCGUAUGGACUGUUUUCCAAGGCUUUUCUGAGAAACCACGGUCGCCACUUGGUGGGCACCAUGUUGUGCUGGUUCUUCUCAGAUAUUACAUUCUACAGCACCGGCCUGUUUCAGAAAGAUGUAUAUCGAGCUGUCGGUUGGAUAAAGAAGUUGGAUGAUCAUGCGGACGAGUUGGAAGAAGUUUUCCAAAUUGCGAAAGCGCAGGCUUUGAUUGCACUGAGUGGGACUCUGCCAGGGUGCUUCUUCGGCAUUUUGUUCAUCGAUCGUCUUGGCAGGCGCAAACUUCAGGUCUUUGGAUUCUUCUUCAUGGCCGUCUGUUUAAUUGGGCUAUCCUUUGCUUACAAUUAUUUCAAAAAGCACUGGGAUGGGUUUCUAGCGGUUUAUACGUUGACAUUUUUCUUUUCAAUGCUUGGCCCAAACGCAACGACUCUCAUCGUCCCCGCGGAGUCAUUCCCCGCUCGGAUGCGAUCGACUUGUCAUGGGAUUUCUGCAGCAGCUGGAAAGGUCGGCGCUAUUAUUGGAUUGAUUGGAUUUUCAUAUGCUUCACAAUCCAGUCAUAAGAAUUCCUCUUAUUCUUAUGAGGGUUAUUUCAAUGGAAUAGGUAUGUCUAAGGCCUUCCUUUUCCUUGGAGUGGCGAGUUGCGUUGGUUUGUUGUGCACAUUUCUGGUACGAGAAACAAAUGGGCAAGCAUUGGAAGACAGCGAGCGGGAUGCUAUUCUCUCCGAGUAUACCAGUGGGCCCACUUCUGGUUCCCUCAACGAUAGCAUCGAGAGUAAUCACCAUGGCGCUGAGUCUUCCUCCAUUGUCCUUAUGGAGCCUAGCAAUUUUGGACAAAACUUGUAAUAUUAUGUACACCUCAUUUGAAAAAAAUGUCCAUAAUCACCUUCGCGAUAAGCAAAAAUUUUCUAUAUAUUUUUCGUUUUAGCAUGAAGUUGCAGAGAGUAGAUUAAUGAGUAUAUUGUAGGUAGGCAUAGUAAACACUAGAUGUUAAUAGGCAAGGGAAGUGAGUCGAUUGUCGACCUCGAGGAAUAACACCUAGUUGGUAUUCAUAAGCGAUGGCCCGAAAUUUGCUCACGUAAUACCCAUUCAUAGACUCUGUGAAGGAAAUGUGAGAAACUCUUAUACUUAAUCAUGCAGAUCUUUUCUAACACGUUUCCUAUAUUUUCUA